AUGAAGUCUGUCCCAGUGCUCCUCGUCGCAUUCGCAGCUUUGGCUGCCGCUGUUCCUGUCGGUGUGCAGGACACUACUGCCCUCACCAAACGCAACGACGAUAUUAGUGUCAACCCUGUCGCCCUGCCACCUGACAAUGUGUCCAUCAACUUCUCCGCUCAUGAUUGUAGUCUAGGAUUUCAGUAG